CCAUUUUGUCGGCAAGGAGGAAAGCAGAGGCCUGAGCCGGGGAGCUCGCUUGACCGUCUUCGCACAAGCCGUCAGAGGCCGGCAGCCGCCGCCGCCGCCGCCGCUUUCCCCCCCCCCCCCCUUUCCUUCGUCGUCUCCUUCAGGCCUCGGGCCACCGUAACAUCACGGCGGAGAUGUCAGAAUACAUCCGGGUUACCGAAGAUGAGAAUGAGGAACCCAUUGAGAUCCCUUCAGAGGAUGAUGGGACUGUGUUGCUCUCUACGGUUACUGCUCAGUUCCCGGGGGCCUGCGGCCUGCGCUACAGAAACCCCGUGUCUCAGUGUAUGAGAGGAGUCAGAUUAGUGGAAGGAAUUCUGCAUGCACCAGAUAAUGGUUGGGGAAAUCUGGUGUAUGUUGUUAAUUAUCCCAAAGACAACAAGAGGAAAAUGGAUGAAACAGAUGCCUCAUCAGCUGUUAAAGUGAAACGAGCAGUGCAGAAAACCUCUGAUCUGAUAGUUUUGGGCCUUCCAUGGAAAACGACAGAGCAAGAUCUGAAGGAAUAUUUCAGCACAUUUGGAGAGGUUCUCAUGGUGCAGGUUAAGAAGGACAUCAAAACUGGCCACUCUAAGGGGUUUGGUUUUGUAAGGUUUACAGACUACGAAACCCAGGUGAAAGUCAUGUCUCAGCGCCACAUGAUAGACGGAAGAUGGUGUGACUGCAAGCUCCCAAAUUCUAAGCAAAGUCCAGACGAACCUUUGCGUAGCAGGAAGGUGUUUGUUGGGCGUUGCACUGAAGACAUGACUGCCGAUGAGCUCCGCCAGUUUUUUUCGCAGUAUGGAGAAGUGGUCGAUGUCUUCAUCCCCAAACCCUUCAGAGCUUUUGCCUUUGUCACAUUUGCCGAUGAUCAGGUUGCCCAGUCCCUUUGUGGCGAGGACUUGAUCAUAAAAGGAAUCAGCGUCCAUAUAUCCAAUGCUGAACCUAAGCAUAAUAGCAGUAGACAACUAGAAAGAGGUGGAAGAUUUGGUGGUAAUCCAGGAGGCUUUGGGAAUCAGGGUGGAUUUCCUAACAGGGGGGGAGGCGGGGGAGGCGGAGGGUUGGGGAACAACCAGGGCAGCAACAUGGGGGGCGGGAUGAACUUUGGCGCCUUUAGCAUCAACCCGGCCAUGAUGGCAGCGGCUCAGGCAGCGCUCCAGAGCAGUUGGGGGAUGAUGGGUAUGCUAGCCAGCCAGCAAAACCAGUCUGGGCCGUCGGGGAGCAACCAGCCGCAAGGCAAUAUGCAGAGGGAGCAGAACCAGGGCUUCAGUUCCGGCAGCAAUUCCUACGGGGGCUCAAACUCCGGUGCGGCCAUAGGGUGGGGCUCCUCAAACACAGGGUCUAGCAGUGGGUUUAACGGGGGUUUUGGAUCAAGCAUGGAUUCCAAAUCAUCUGGCUGGGGAAUGUAGAGAACCUAAUACUGACUCUCUGGUGGGAAAUCAGAUUUUUUUUUCUAGAGCUCCUGGUAAGUAUAUUAUAAGAUGCCUAUACUAAAACAGAAACGAAAAAAGAAAAAAGAAAAAAACUCCAAAUCAAUUUGUUCAGCGUGUAGUAUAUUUCAACGAUAUUUUUGGACACGUUUUUUUCCUUCCUUUUCUUUUGUAAGGGGUGGGGGAAAAAAGAGAAAAGAUUAAACGGAGUUUUUAUAGGUUUUGUUACAAUGAGUUUUUUUGGGGGGGUACAUGAGUUGGGAUAUUGAGUGGCUGAAAGUGAACUGCUGUUUGCCUGGUUGGUAAACGGACGCGCUGCAAUUUGAUAGGAAACCGUAAAAAAAAAUUUGAUUCCUCAUUUCCUAGUCAGCUGAGAUCUUUGCAUGUUUCAAAAAUGGAAGCCAUUUUUUCAGAAACUGCAUCCUAUCCUUGUUAGUUUUUUUUUUCUUUUAAAAUUUAAUUUGAUCCCCCGCCAUAAGAAUUUCUCUCUCUCUCUUUCUCUCCCUCCCCCUCCCCCCAAAUGUCCUGUGUGGAGAAUGCAAUGUUGGUGUCGGCUUUUUUUCCUUUUAACACUGUCUCCCCUCCUCAUACUAAAGUACGGUAUGAAGACCUCAUUUAAUCCUUGCAGUUCAUCUCAUUUCAAAUGUGUAUGGAAGAAGCCCUUCAUUGAAAGCAGUGCAGUAAAAAAAACAAAAAAAAAAAAACCCACAAAAAAUCAACCCCCCUGCCUUAGGAAUACUCCUGUCUUCAUGCUUUCCUCAUCCAAGACUCCUUCAUCACACUGCACAUGCUACGUCUUAAGACGGUGGGUGUAUCCAUUUUUAUCCGCUACUCUUUUUAUUUCAUGGAGGUCGUAUUCAACGCUAUGAACGCAAGGCUGUGAGAUGAUGGAAACCGGAAGGCUUGUUUGAACUUUUGAAAACCUUGUGUGGGAUUGGAUUGGUGGUGCCGAGGCAUGUGAGGGCUUGGUAUGUGCGAGAAAAAGGAGGAGGCGCAUGCGGAGAGAGACUUGGUGGUGCAUUAUGGGAUUUUUUUUUUUUUUUUUUUUAGAAAAAAAAACUUUUUUUUUCCCUUGGCGUGAUGUCCCUCGAUCCUGUGGCUUUGGUGAUGAGAGAGUGUGCGGAGAGCGGACGUACGAGUGAUUUUUUUUUUCCCCCUUGCAUUCAGAAGGACAUCCCGAUCUGGAAGAAACUUAAGUAGGAGUGGGAAGGGCUUUUUACUUAGUUAACCAAUUAGUUGAAUGUGUUAAGUGAAAUGAAUAUCUGUAUUUUUUUUCCCUCCUUUAUGUCAACUCUGCUGUGAAUGCUGUAUGGUGUGUGUUCUUUUCUGUUUAAUGAUCCUGUAAGUGUGGUCAUGUGAUCUGGAGGUGGGGCUGUUGAUGGGGAGUGCCCGGCUCGGGGUGCGCUUUGCCGGCCUUUUCCGCCGCAAAGCUCAUUCCUGAGCUCGGGUUCCCUCGUGGGUGGAAGUUUCUCUGUCUGUAAGAUAUCCAUAUGAAUGCCGUUUGCUGCAGUUCUGUGUUUGGAUGCUUUUUAUAAGAUUUGUCAAUGUAGGAAAUUCUUAAAUAAAACUGAUUUAAGUAA